AUGAGUCGGAAGUUGAGCCUGGGAGUUGAGGGCGGCGAUGAUGGGAAGGACGAGAGAGAUGGGAAGGAUGAUGAGGAGCGAGAAGAGGAGUGCGUGUCUGGAGGGUUGCCCUGGCUGCUCAUUUGUUGCUGCACCAAUAGGGUUGAAGAUCUUCUGCAAGAGUGCCUUACAUCCGUUUUCUAUCUGUCUUUCACCGGUGCCAAAUCCUCAGAAAAUGCCAAAAUCUUAAACAUCAUCAAUAAACCACGUCUGGACGUGUUCACCCCAGCACAUGGUUUGUUGCACGUUGCACUUAAAAAGGUUUCCGGCGACACGGUCGAUUUCGAUGAACUGCGAGCCCUGCUCGAAGGCAGGCAAACCAAGCAGAGGCCUAAAUUUCUAACAGCAAUCAAUGUGUUACAAUUGAUUGUCCGGCAGGUGCCCAACUUGAAAUACCCCAAUAACACUCGUGGAUGGCAACUUGCAUACCCAAAUAUAACCAGGGUGCAACCCUCAUCUCAGACAUCACUAUCGUCAUUCAUCCUGGCACCUGCAUAUUUGGGCGGUCCAUUCAAUCUGUUAUCGUUUUCGGUCUUUUAUUGUCAUCCCCCACAAAUGGAGCACUGGCAGGAGGUCCUACUGGCAUCUCUACUAUGCAGCCAAGUCUGGAUUUGA